UAAAGUUUACGUAUAUUUUAAGUGGCUAGGAGGGUACAACAUCAGACUCAAGGAUACUAAAGAAUGCACUCAAUAAAGAAGAUAAUCUUAAUUCCAAAGGGCCGAUACUGUUUGGUAGAUGCUAGUUUGCCUCAUACAACUACACAAAUGGCACCAUAUCGCGGUGUCAGAUAUCAUUUGAAAGAGUAUUCUGCUCGGGCCCCUAAGAAUGCAAAAGAGUUGUUUAAUCUCUAUGAUGUUUCAUUACGUAACGCUAUAGAACAGGCAUUUGGUGUUCUAAAGAGAAGGUUUCCUAUCAUUAGAAGUACACAAGAACCUUUUUAUUCUUGUGAAACACAAUCAGACAUUUUCUUGGCAUGUUGUAUUUUACAUAACUUUUUGUUAGAAGAAGAUCGAGACAAAAAUCUUAAAGAUGAGGUCCUACAGGAGAUGUUAAAUGAACCAAGGUAGGAAAUGCGCCAUAAUAUAAGAGAAACAAGUGAGGGUAAUGUUGCGGUAGAGCAAAUGAGGAACUUAAUUGCAAAUCAAAUGUGGACUAAUUACUUGCCAAAUCGAAACCAUGAGAUAGAUAUGUUAAUGUAGCUACUAGUUUUUAUUACAACAUUUCAAUUUGAUUUUGUAUGGAUCUUUUGUGUUUGACUUGAUCUUGUAUGAAUCGUUAGUUUUUGACUUUA